AUGGAAGGAGAUCUUGCAGCAGCUCGUGAAAGGGAGCGUAUGUGGAAAGUGGAGAAAUUGGAGUUCGAGAGGAAGUUGGCUGCCAAGGAUUCGUUAAUAGCCAGUGAAAGGAAACGCAUGGAAGACCAGCGAAAACGUGAUAAGGCUCAGUUGGCUGAACUGGAAAAGAAACUGAAAUGCGAACAACCUGGUUGGGAAUCUCAACUAGGAGUGGAAGCCGUCUUCCAUGCUAUCGAAGUCAUCAAGAAGGAAUUCUCUGGACAAAUCCAGCAACUCAGUGACCAGAGGGCUCCGGUUGAAGAGAAAAGCUGUGCCUUUGCUGCAUAUCAGCUAGCAGCGAGUCGCCCUGCUCGUAUACUUAGCGCUCCUCCACUAUCAGAUGUACAUAUCCCUCUAACGUCUUCGAUAUCUUGCCCGGAUGCGCAGUACUCAUCCAAUGAAUUUGCGCCAGUCAAUCCACCCAUAGCUGAAGUUGACUUUUUUCCUGCGUAA